UUGUCAUUUCUUAUCAUUUUUUAUCAAUUUUCAUUUGGGCCAUCAUCUUUAUUCAUAUUUAGUGAAAAUAAUAUUGUACGACGAAAUGCAAGAGCAAUUAUAGAAUGGGGACCAUUUGAAUAUUUUAUAUUGCUUACCAUUAUUGGCAAUUGUGUAGUACUUGCACUCGAACAACAUUUGCCUAAAAACGAUAAAAAACCACUCAGCGAAAUGCUUGAACGCACAGAACCCUACUUCAUGGGAAUAUUUUGCUUGGAAUGUUUGUUAAAAAUUAUAGCUUUUGGUUUUAUUUUGCAUAAAGGGUCCUAUUUACGUUCCGGUUGGAAUAUUAUGGAUUUCAUUGUUGUUGUUUCUGGAGCGGUGACGAUGAUGCCAUUUACACCAGCAAGUAAUGAGGGUGGUGGAACAAUUGACCUCCGAACACUUCGAGCUGUUCGUGUUUUGAGGCCUUUAAAACUUGUUUCUGGCAUUCCGAGUUUACAAGUUGUCUUAAAGUCCAUAUUAUGUGCUAUGGCUCCAUUGCUACAAAUAGGAUUGCUCGUUUUAUUCGCUAUUGUAAUAUUUGCCAUUAUUGGCCUCGAAUUUUAUUCUGGAAUAUUUCAUUCAGCUUGCUAUAAUGAACGUGGUGAAAUCGAAAAUGUUGGCGAUCGAACAUUUCCUUGCUCAAAUAAAUCAACAGCUACCGGAGCAUAUAACUGUGAAAUAGAGGGUACUGUUUGCCUUAGCCAAUGGAUCGGACCCAAUUAUGGCAUCACAUCAUUUGAUAAUAUUGCAUUUGCUAUGAUCACUGUAUUUCAAUGUAUUACUAUGGAAGGAUGGACGACUGUCAUGUAUUAUACAAAUGAUUCACUUGGUAGUACAUAUAACUGGGCAUAUUUUAUACCUUUAAUUGUUCUUGGAUCAUUUUUUAUGCUGAAUCUCGUACUUGGUGUUCUUUCUGGCGAAUUUGCGAAAGAACGUGAACGCGUCGAAAAUCGACGUGAAUUUUUAAAAUUACGACGUCAGCAACAAAUUGAACGAGAAUUAAAUGGAUAUUUGGAAUGGAUUCUUACUGCUGAAGAAGUUAUUUUAAAAGAAGAUCGAACGACAGAAGAAGAAAAAGCUGCAAUUAUGGAAGCACGACGUCGAGCAGCAACAAAAAAGUUAAAAGCAGCAGGAAAGCAGCAAAGUACUGAAACUGAAGAAGAUAUUGAUGAAGAAGAAGAAGAUGAUGAGGAAGAAUAUAUCGAUGAAGAGGAUAGCAAUGUAAAGACUCGUGUUGUUGUUAAAAGUCAAAUCUUUUAUUGGAUGGUUAUAACACUUGUUUUUCUUAAUACAGCUUGCGUUGCAUCUGAACAUUAUGGCCAGCCUGAAUGGUUCACUGAAUUUUUAAAAUACGCCGAAUUCGUAUUUUUGGGUAUUUUUGUCUGCGAAAUGCUUUUAAAACUUUUUGCUAUGGGUCAUCGUAUGUAUUUCGCAUCAAAAUUCAAUCGCUUUGAUUGUAUUGUAAUUGUUGGAAGUGCUUUCGAAGUAAUUUGGGCUGAGCUAAAAGGAGGAUCAUUUGGCAUUUCAGUAUUGCGAGCUUUACGACUUUUACGCAUAUUUAAACUUACAUCAUAUUGGGUCUCUUUAAGAAAUCUUGUUCGAUCACUGAUGAAUUCCAUGCGCUCUAUAUUAUCACUAUUAUUCUUACUUUUCUUAUUUAUUCUCAUUUUUGCCUUAUUGGGAAUGCAAUUAUUCGGUGGAAAGUUUAACUUUCCAAACAUGCAUCCAUAUACUCAUUUUGACACAUUCCCAGUCGCGUUAAUCACUGUUUUUCAGAUUUUAACUGGUGAAGAUUGGAAUGAGGUAAUGUAUUUAGCAAUUGAAUCACAAGGUGGAGUAUAUGGUGGUGGAAUGAUUUAUUGCAUAUAUUUUAUUGUUCUCGUGCUUUUUGGCAACUAUACAUUACUUAAUGUAUUCUUGGCUAUUGCUGUUGAUAAUUUGGCUAAUGCUCAAGAAUUAACUGCAGCCGAAGAAGCAGACGAAAGGGCAAACGAAAUUUGCGACGAUUCAGAGGAUUAUGAUGAACAGGUCAUUACAUUCGAAGAAUAUGAAGAAGAAGAGAGUCCAUUUGGUGGUCCAAAACCGAUGGUACCAUUCUCUUCUAUGUUUCUAUUUUCCCCUACUAACCCAUUUCGAAUAUUCGUCCAUUCCGUAGUAAGUACAAAGUAUUUCGAAAUGUUCGUGAUGAGUGUUAUUUGCUUCUCGAGUAUAGCUUUAUCCGCAGAAGAUCCAGUUGAUGAUGAAAAUCCAAGAAAUAGUGUUCUUCAAUAUAUGGAUUAUUGUUUCACUGGCGUUUUUGCAUUUGAAAUGUGCUUAAAGCUAAUAGACCAAGGUGUUCUUCUUCAUCCAGGAUCGUAUUGUCGUGAUUUUUGGAAUUUACUUGAUGGUAUUGUUGUAUUCUGCGCUCUUGUUGCAUUUGCAUUCGCUGGAACAGACGGUGCAGCAGGUAAAAAUUUGAAUACAAUCAAGUCGCUUCGAGUUCUACGUGUUUUGCGCCCAUUGAAAACAAUUAAACGGAUUCCAAAAUUGAAAGCAGUUUUUGAUUGUGUUGUGAAUUCAUUGAAGAAUGUUUUUAAUAUAUUAAUUGUUUAUUUUUUAUUUCAAUUUAUCUUUGGAGUGAUAGCCGUACAAUUAUUUAAAGGGAAAUUUUUCUUUUGUACUGAUAAAACAAAAAUUUAUGCUCAUGAAUGUCAUGGACAAUAUUUCAUUUACGAAAAUCAGGAUGAAGUGCCUAGAGUGGAGACUCGUGAAUGGCGUCUACGGCCUUUUAAUUAUGAUAAUACCAUUAAUGCGAUGUUAACAUUAUUUGUUGUUACAACAGGCGAAGGUUGGCCAGGAAUACGACAAAAUUCUAUGGAUACAACAGAGGAAGAUCGAGGACCAUCACCUUUUUUUCGCGUAGAGGUGUCAUUAUUCUAUGUGAUGUUUUUCAUCGUCUUCCCAUUCUUUUUUGUAAAUAUUUUUGUUGCGUUGAUUAUAAUCACAUUUCAAGAACAGGGUGAAGCAGAAUUAUCUGAAGGGGAUUUAGAUAAGAACCAGAAGCAGUGUAUCGAUUUCGCGUUAAAUGCACGUCCACGUUCACUUUUUAUGCCCGAAGAUAAAAGCUCAAUGAAAUAUCGAAUAUGGCGAUUAGUUACAUCAACUCCAUUUGAAUAUUUUAUUAUGGCCAUGAUUUGUUGUAAUACUAUUAUUCUUAUGAUGAAAUUUCAUGGCAAUUCUGAGUUCUAUGAAAAAAUACUUCGCUUUUUUAACACUGCUUUAACAGCUGUUUUCACUGUCGAAGCCAUACUCAAAAUACUUGCUUUUGGUGUUCGGAAUUAUUUCCGUGACGGAUGGAAUCGAUUUGAUUUCAUCACAGUAAUUGGUUCCAUAACAGAUGCAUUAGUCACAGAAUUUGGCGGCCAUUUUGUGUCACUUGGGUUUUUACGUCUUUUUCGUGCUGCUCGUUUAAUUCGCUUGCUUCAACAAGGAUAUACGAUUCGAAUUUUAUUAUGGACAUUCGUACAGUCAUUUAAAGCCUUACCAUAUGUUUGCUUAUUGAUUGGGAUGCUUUUUUUCAUCUACGCAAUUGUGGGAAUGCAGGUAUUUGGAAAUAUUUGGUUGGAUGCGAGCACGGAAAUCAAUCGUCAUAACAACUUUCAGUCUUUUGUAAAUUCACUUAUCCUAUUGUUUAGGUGUGCGACAGGUGAAGCAUGGCAAGAUAUAAUGAUGGCAUGUACAGCCGGCAAAUACUGUGCAAAGCCCAAUACAUUUGAUAUGAAUUUAACAAAAGGUCCAACCUGUGGAACGCAGAUGUCUUAUGCCUAUUUCACUUCAUUUGUUUUUCUUUCCUCGUUUUUGAUGUUGAACCUUUUCGUUGCUGUUAUCAUGGAUAACUUUGACUAUUUAACUCGCGAUAGUUCCAUUCUUGGCCCACACCACCUUGAUGAAUUCAUCCGAGUUUGGGCUGAUUAUGAUCCUGCUGCCACAGGAAGAAUUCACUACACUGAUAUGUAUGAAAUGUUACGAAAUAUUGCUCCACCAGUUGGAUUCGGUAGAAAAUGCCCAUAUCGCUUGGCAUAUAAACAUUUGAUUCGUAUGAAUAUGCCUGUAGCUGAAGAUGGAACAGUGCACUUCACGACAACUUUAUUUGCUUUGAUCCGUGAAUCUCUAAGUAUAAAAAUGCGACCAGUAGAAGAAAUGGACGAAGCGGAUGAAGAACUGCGUCAGACUUUGAGAAAGAUUUGGCCGCUAAAAGCAAGAAAGAAUAUGAUUGAUCUAGUCGUCCCACCGAAUUCUGAACUUUGUUUCCAAAGAUUAACUGUUGGUAAACUAUAUGCUGGAUUAUUAAUCCUAGAAAAUUACCGAGCAAAAAAAUCAGGCGCUGAGGUUGGCUUAUUUUUUAGGCCUUAUUCAUUGUUCUCAACGUUGGUUGAUACUAUAAAAGCAGCUAAAAGCACUGAUAGUAUUGAUAAUGACGAACAAAGUCCUGUUCCAAAUCAAAAUCGAGCACAGCGCAAUUCUCUUGUACUAGUGUAUGUAACUCAAGUUAUAGAGUUUUUGCAUUUCCUCUGA